CAUCCCUAUGUGAAACGUCAUUGCAUAGAACGGCAGGAGUAAAUAUGCUUAUUUUUAAACUAAAAUAUUAAAUUUUAUGAAAUGAUCUACGUGUGAUAAUGGUGAACAAAAUUAUUCGACAGUUUUAGCCAAACUGGUCGUUUGCCGGAUGAUCCUGAUAUUCUUUUUUGGAGUUAUGCUUAUUUGAUUAUGCUGAAAACGGUAUACCUCCGCUUUGUUAGUAUUAUCGUGCUAACAGCAAUUGCAGUAACGGUAAUGAUCUCCAGCCUUCCACUUUCUACUGAUAUUUGUAAAUGCGAGGAACUCAUAAGCGAUAGCAAACAUGAAAUACUUCACAAAAGUUUUCAGGAAUCUUCGACAUCGGAUAAACCUAAACUGGCUGUUUUGGUACCAUUCCGAGAUCGGUUCGAUGAACUUCUUAAAUUUGCACCGCAUAUAUCAAAUUUUUUGACGCGUCAACAGAUUCCGUUCCACAUUUUUGUUUUGAAUCAGAACGAUCGUUACCGGUUUAACCGAGCCUCACUUAUUAAUGCCGGAUUCCUGCAGGUCAAAGAUCAUUACGAUUAUAUUGCAAUGCAUGAUGUCGAUUUGUUGCCAAUGAACGAUAAUCUUAAAUAUGAGUAUCCUGUCGAUGGACCUCUGCAUAUAUCUGGACCAGAGUAUCAUCCAAAGUACCAUUAUGCAACGUUCAUCGGUGGAAUUUUACUAUUAAGAGUAGAUCAGUUUGAAUUACUGAACGGAAUGUCCAAUCGAUAUUGGGGCUGGGGUCUGGAAGACGAUGAAUUUUACGUGCGUAUAAAGGAUGCUGGUCUAGAGGUGUACAGGCCAAGAAAUAUCUCUACAGGACCGGAAAAUACUUUCUUGCAUGUCCACGAUCGUUUACAUAGAAGAAGAGACACUGUCAAAUGUUACGAACAGCGAGAAGUGACGCGACGAAGGGAUCGCGAGACUGGUCUCAAUACUCUUCUUUACAGCAUAGAACGACGCUAUGAACUCACUAUCAACCAAGUCCCACUGACUGUACUGAACAUAAAUUUGCAAUGUGAUAAAACACAAACGCCUUGGUGUGAGUGUGACAGUAAAAUUGUGUCUAAAUCACAAACGGAGAGUAAAAAGAAACUGUAGUGAUUUUGUUUUCAGUUCGGUGAAAUUAUUAUCGUUGCCAUAUCCGAGUUAUUUUCUAUUCACGCCGUUUCAUUCUCGAAAAUUAAAUAUAAAAUGCCAAACACAAAUUUUAACCGGAUGUA